AUGGCUGAUUACAUCGAUAAGCCUAAUAAAAUGUCUAAUACAUUUCAAUAUCCUUCAAAUACUAAUCGUUCAACGCGACCCACUCGUUCAAAUAAUCCAAAUACAAACAUCGGUGGUGACACACGAGUGCCAAGCACAUCACCUACUCGUCGAACAAAUGUUGUUGGACAACAUCAAACACGCAAUAAUAAUCCAUACAAUGGAAAUAUGAAUUUUACAACAGCAAGGCGACUAUCGAAUACGAAUUUGUCAAAUUCGCCUCAACGAAAUCGACCAACAGCGUACCAGAAUAAUUCAUACGAAAAUGAAGAAGAUAAAAUUGCACCCAAUGAUUGUGCUGACACAACAACAACAUCAACAAACAGACAACCACUCAUUGGCAGUGGAUAUCUCAUGUUUCAACCAAUUUCAACAAAACGAGAUAAAAUGAUAGCACAAGCUGAAAAAGAAAAACAACAAUAUAUGGAACAUGUUGAGAGAAAUCGUUUAAAAAAUAUUAAUGAAGUUCAUCGUUUAGGUGGUGAAUGUAUAUCUGAAGCUGAAGCACGUGAAAAACAAGCAGAAAAGUUUAGACAAGAAAAAAUUGAACGACAAGGAAAAUUUCGAAGUGCUCAGCAGAAAAAGAAAGAAGAAGAAGAAAAAGAAUUAGAAACAAAAAAACAAGAAGCACGAUUAAAAACAAUAGCCAAUGAACGAAAAGAUAAAGAAAGACAAAAUGAACUGAGAGAGAAAUUAAAUCCUCAGAAAGAACAGUUUUUGAACCAAGUGAAUACAGCAAGUAAACAAGUCCAUUCUGUUCCAACACAAAAAAAAUCGAAUGUUAAGGUGGAAUCUAUCCCUCCUGCAUUUCCCGUUUGGACAGACACUGAACGUGAGCGUGAUCGAAAAGCAACAAUGGAACAAUUUUUAAAUCGAUUUUCCACAACCUCUUUAGAGAAUGAAAUUCAAUCGAAAGUCAAAACAGAAAAUGAUGAAGCCAGAUUUACAGAAAACACCGAUAUGGAUAAAUACACAACGUUGUCAGAUGAUGAAAACGAUAUAGAUGAAAUUAAUCAUAAAAAUGAUGAUAGAACGAUGAUGGAUAAUUUAGCACAACUUGUCGAUAUGUUUCCUCAUGAAAAUGUGGAAACUUUAAGAAAUUAUCUGGUUAUAUACGAAGGAAAUUUGCAAGCUGUUAGUAAUCAUCUUCUCAAUCCGUAA